AUGCGUUUGGAAAACCCACUCCAAAGAAGUUGGAAAAAAGUUUGGAAAAAAGUUUUAGAGCUAAAUCUGGUGAUUUUGAAGGUAUCCUACUAUUCACCGGACAACGCCAAUCCGUACACAUACUGGAGCCCGACUAAGCUCGAUGCGGCAGCCGGUUGGGUCAUGCGCGCAGAGGAGGUCGCUCGAUUGUUCGCCUUAUUGGAAUCGCACAAACGCAAGUGGUAUUGGAUUUUGGUGCAGCCCAGCGCCGCGAAGCAAAGCUAUGGACGUGGUGGAGUGCAACUAGGUGAUGAUGGCUCACUAUACCACAUAGGUUCAUUGGCCGGAUCAGAGGCCAUAGGAUUAUUCUCGAGGAGACACACAGGUAGCCAUUCUAACAAACACUCGCGGCCGAGAACAAGCACAACACACGGCAUGGAUGGAACGACUUUGCCGUUUAUUCGCCGCACAUGUCUUACCGUAAUGUCCGACCGGAUUCUGUCACGCCAUCAUUUUCACUAA